UCAACGUUUGUCGUUGUCGUUGUCGUUGUCGUUUUUCGUGCUUUAUGGCGCUCACACUCAGAAGUCGUUCAGAAUCGUUGCCAUCGUGGUCGUGGUCGGUUUCGGUAUCGGAUUGUGUGCGUUCUGGCCUGGUCUCUGGUCUGGCUCUUGCUCUUGCUCUACGUUACGCUCGAUUCCGUUCGGUUUCGCUACAGAUUCGUUUCUGGGCUCUGUUUUGGUUUAGCUGCCGAACGCCGGCAUAAAAACCGUUUAGGGGAGAGAAUCCAAAUGCCCAAAGCGAAAACCCGGUAAACCCCGUUGACCGGGGGUCCAAAAAGUCAAAUUCAAUUUACGCGCCGGGCUUAUUAUACUACACCAGAAGCCGAAGAGCCCAAUGCCAUCAACAAAAAGUGAACCAAAAAAAAAAGUAAAGGAUAUCAAGGAAUAGAGGAACAAAAAACCGAAAUGAAACCAACUCAAGCAAAAUAAAAAGCGGAAUAUAAAACACACAAAAACACAGAGGGUGACCUUUGGAGAAAGCCAACAAGAGGCCAAGAGGCCAAGAGGCCUCCCCCCCCCAAGCAACAACUAUAAAUAGCUAUAAAGAAAACCAAAAACGUUCAAAAAAGCAAGUGAAAAUCAUUUAAUUGGAUUUCCAUUCACCUUGACUCUUGUUGGAUACACCCCGCAACCCCCAACGGGUACUGCCCGCGUGGCCCACUAUCAGGCAGCAGAAUUGGCCUAAAUGAUGCCCGAAACUGAACGCGAUUCGCAGUUGGUGGCAGCUGAAAUGGUAAGCGGUGCCCUGGGGCAUGGUUACGGCAUAGUCAAGGAACAGCAGCAGCAUCAUCAUCAUCAUCCCAGCCAUCCGCAUCAGCAUCAGCAUCAGCAUCAAAUGCAGCUCCAGCAUCAGCAGCAACUGCAGCACAAUUCUACAGCCGAUCUCUACAAGAUGGCCACCAGCACCUAUGUGUACAGCAAUCCUCUGACCAUACCACCCACAUCCGUGUCCUCGAUGGUCAGUCCGAGCAGCAAGGAAAAGCUCGUCAAUCUGUUGCGCGUGCGCGACAACAACAAUUGCCAUCAGAACAUGGGCAGCCCGAUCUCCGCCAGCACACCCCACAGCUGCAGUCCACCAACCACAUUUCUACAGAAGCAACUGGAGGCGACACCAGCCAGACCCAGCUCAGUGCUGCCACAACAGCAGCAACAGCAGCAACAGCAACAGCAACAGCAAACCCAACAGCGUCGCUCUGCUGCCCCCACCAACUGGCAUGCCCAUGUCUAUGCCCGUCCACCCAAUCGUCCCACUCCACACUCCAUAGCCGACAUCCUGGGCAUGGCCGUGGGCGAAAAGUGUGCCUCCGAGAGCGCCUACGAUCCAACAGGUCCGGCCAAGUCGCCCAACAGCAUACUGCAGCAGUACCAGGAUCAGGCACCCAUGCGCAGCGCCUCCAUCUCGAUGAGCGAUGCCAGCGAGGAGGAUGGCUCCCUCAAUGCCACUGCAAGUGGAGGAGGAGUAGCUGCACCCCUGCCGGUGGGAGUGCCAAGCGUAGCCGCAGUCAGCACACCGCUCGAUCAGCCAUUAAAUCUGUGUGUGGCCAAAAAGACGCGCGAGGCGCACAACAGCUCACCCAUGCCCACAGCCGGCAGCAGGCAGACAACAACAACACUGCUGGGCAAGACCAAGAAAGAAAACACGGGCAAGCCGCCGGCCAAGAAAAAGAAAACUGCAACGACCAGCAGCAGCAGCGGCAGCGGCACAACGGCAGCAGCAGCAGCAGCAGCCAGCACAGUGGCCCUGCCGCCGGACAUUAGCCCCACGGGCAGCAGCGACAGCUUGAUGCGGGACAAGCUGAUGGCCAGCAAUCCAGCACAGCAGUUGGCCAGCAAUAACAACAGCAACAUGGAGACCACCGAAGAUGACUCCGACUCGGGCUCCACGGAUGCGCGGCGCAAGAAGAAGGCACGCACCACAUUCACGGGUCGCCAGAUCUUCGAGCUGGAGAAGCAGUUCGAGGUCAAGAAAUAUCUCAGCUCCAGCGAGCGCACCGAAAUGGCCAAGCUGCUGAUAGUCACCGAAACGCAGGUUAAAAUCUGGUUCCAGAAUCGUCGCACAAAGUGGAAAAAGCAGGAUAAUGUCACCAACAAUGAGGCCGCAGAACACAAAUCCACCAAUGCAAAUAAAUCGAGCGGCGGAGCAGAGCAGUCGCCCACAGCACCAGCAACGACUGCAGGCAGUGGCAAUGGCAGCUCCACCGUCGAGAGUGCAGCAGCAGCAACCAAAAAGUCUACAAGUGCCCAAGGAGAGAAAACUCGCGGCAACAACAACAACAACAACAACAACAAUUCGGUAUCUUUGGCCAACAACAAUAGUGUUAACAAUGAGAGCAAAUUGGCCAACAAACAGACGAGCGCCAAAGUGAAGAAACAAUUGAAUGCAUUGCUGGAGAAGGCAGCAAAAACAACAAAUUGUGCGCCAAAUCGCAGCGAGAACGAGAAGGUGGAAAUGCACAAAGCUGGGGGGGAGAAGCGUCAUCAUACAUCCAACAACAAUGUGGGAGAGUCAAAGUCGAUGCAUCAGCGAAUGCAUCAGCAUGCCAUACCGCUGACCGUGGAGCCGGCCGCACCCUUGGAGCAGACGGAGAAGCUGGACAUUAAGCUGGAAGAGUCGCCGCAGCAUCGCGAGCUGCAGUUGAGUUUGCAGCGUGCUGCCGCGGCGGCCAAGGCUGCACAGCAGAAUGGCUGCAGUCCGACGCCGGCGAAUGCGGCGACGGCGGCGGCGCUGCUCAACGAAAUGGAUUUCGAGAGCAAGUUGGCAGCUUCCAAGAUUUCAAUAGCUUUGGCCAGCAUGGCCAGCAAGCAGUUGAAGCAGGCGGAGGCGGUUGAAGCCAGCAAGCAGUUGAAGCAGUUCGAGGCCGAGGCCAGCAAGCAGUUGAAGCAGGCAGAGGUCCGGGCGGUGGCGGAGGCUGCGGCCAAGGAUAAGCUGUUGAAGCAGGAUAGCGAGUCUGAGGAGGAUGAGGAGACGUCCACCGAGCAUGGUGACUCCACAGAGGCGCACGACUCACAAGAUCAGGACGUGUCGAUGCGCGAGAACUAAGCUACGGAAACAGUCAAAUUUUAAUCUGUGCCAAAAAGUCGAAUAUUGCUCACACACACCCCACACCCCACACCCCACACACACACAUUUACUACAUAUAACUAAUUGUAAUUGUAAUUGUAAUUGUAAACUAUAAAUAUAAUUUACCUAACACGUAACGCAAUUGUAACGCUGUUUGUCACCCCCUAGGCGUGUGUAUUUAAUUUGUAAUUUAUUUUUUAUGCUUAAGCGAUUUCAAAUGUAAAUGUUGCCAUUAGAAAUGCAUUUAUGUAAAUGUUUAAUGGGAGCCACUACGUAAAUGUAAUUUGAAACUUUCGAAAAUUUCAUGUGAUAAUGUAUACGAAGGAUAAAGGAAAAAGGAUAAAGAUAAAGCGGAGGAGAGUUAAUGCCCGGCGGCAAAACCCAAUUACAAAUUGCAAAAAAUUGAUUUUACUACUUGAACUAUGAACUAUAAACUAUAUAAAUGUAGAUCUAAGCUAUGCUACCCUGUAAAUUGAACAUAUUUAUUGAGUGUUUGUACAAAAAAACAAAA